UGCGUUUAAGGUUCACAGGAAAAUUUAGAUUAGAAAUUAUCUCAGCAGGUCUUUAAUCCCACCUCUUCCUCAAAAGAGCAUGAGCUACAAGAUCUAGCCAAGCUUUGUUCAAUGUGUUCUUGAAAACCUCCAAGAAUGCAGACUGCAUAGCCUUCCAAAGCAAUUCAUUCUCAUGUUUGACUGUCAUUGUGACAAUAAGGUUCUCCCUUAUGUCCAGCCUGAACUUUUCUUUUUCUCAUUAUCUCUUUUCCUCUCCCAAGACACACUGUCAAAAGCCUGGCUCUGGGUUUUGAUGGCCUUCUUUUGGGUGCUGGAGGGCUUCUGGAUCUCUUCUCUAAGUCUAUGUGGCUUUGUGAAAGCACUUAUUACUUCAAGAAAUUUUUGUUGGCCACAGACAACCAAAGUUUCUUCUUUUAAUAAACUCUCUUCAUGUAACUUCAAGAUUAAUUUGAAAUAGCCCAAGCAUUUACUACAUUGAAGAAACAAUCAGAGGCCCACAUUUAUCCUGGUCUUGAAUUCUCUCUAAGACACAUAUAAAACAGCAUUGCUAAGCAUGGCAUUCCUCAUGCACAUCUCACUCCAGUCAAUUCACAUGAUAUCUAGUUGGGUUUGGUUCAAUGUUCAUAUGGUAAAUACAAUUUAUUUAUUAUCUGUAACCAUUAUAAAUCCAAAUAUUUAAUUUUUUUUUCUUUUUGUGGUGAUUUCUUGAGGAAGUAGCUCUAGAGUGCAAGAUUCCAUACAGAUAUUUCUGAGAUUAAUUGAUUCCAGGCAUUGUGGAUCAUCUCAUCUUUUAUUUCAGCACAUUUCCAAUCUUCUAUAUAGUUAAUUUUAGAAAAAUAUACACAUCCUCUGUUGUGUUACACCACUGUUGCUUCUGGGAGGUUCAGGAUAUGACCCAGAUUAUAAUAAGGGCCAAGGGGUCUGUUCUCAUUUAUGUUUAAUCUGCCAGGGUUCUGUAAACGGUCUGGACCUGCAUUAGUGGAAUCCUUGAGUUAAUCAGGUUUUGGCUUGGGCAUUUCACUUCUUAUUGGCCACUACAGCUUUCCAGAGAGCUCCAAGAAGAAAAUGGCAUAACCUUAUCUUGAGAUUCUCUUUCUUGGAAGAUGGAUAUUCCCUAACUCGAUCUCCCUCUGUCACUCCUGCAUUUUUUUAAGAAAGGAGCUUUGGAGAGGAAUAAUGAGGUUCACACGUGUAACAGUGUAAGUAUAUAAUGUAAUAUAUCCUUACCUGGUUUAAUCAAUCAUGGGAUGCAAGUAUUUUAUGUCAGUAAUAUAAACUGAGAGCACUUCAACAUAAUAAAAUGUUAAGAUCUUAUAAAUGUUGCUGCAAACAUGCAGCUAGUGAAUAUGGAUGCCAAGAAGAUUAACAUCUGGGAAUGCCGUGUUACUUAUAGCAUAUUUAGUAGCUCUAUAUAGAAUUUCUUUAUCUUUUCAAAGUGCAUUCUUAAUAACCACAAAAAUAAAACUGCUGGUUUUAUGUUAUUUCAUAUGAAUCUUUUAUUGUUGCUUUAAUCAGUGUUAAACAAACUUUUUCUAAAAUUUUUUUCUUAAUAUUUUCACUUCCUCCAAUAUUUGCUUUGAAACCCUACCUAUAAGACAUGCAAAGUAAACUGAAUAUUUAUAGUGGUUACCAUCUAUGCCUGGAUUUGACACCACCACAAUAAAACUGAAGAUUUCUUUUCUCUUUUCCUUGAGGAAAAGCUCAGGAACAGCACCUGAGAUUUUCUAAAGGUUACCUUCUGUUCAUUUUAGGGGGCAGUUGCAGUGUUUCAUUUGACACAAACAGUGAAGUGAAAAAACACUAGUAGUUGUGGACCAGCAGUGGAUUUACUCAAAUGCAUUUAUACAGAUAAAGAACAGAAACAAGGUCUUCCUCCAAUACAAUAAUUACAGAAUUCAAGGAAACUUUUUUUCUUCCUGUGGACUCUUUCUGAGAAAAAUACUGUUGAAAUCUUAGCAUUCUUUAUAAUAUUUAUCUGAAAAUGCCUCAUGUUUUCACCUACAUGAACAUAAAUCAGGAAGCCAAAAUAAUUGGUUUAAAUUUGGAGGGAGAAAAAAAAUCAAAAGUAGAAAUUUGACAGAUGCCAGUGUCAUGCCUGAAGAAAUGCAAUGGUUCUCUUGUUUAGAUUUAAUAGUUCUAAAAUAAUUUCCUUAAUUAUUCUCUGCAGUGCCAAGUUUAAAAGUUAUUCAAGGAGCAAAACAAAUUCAAAUAAUUAAGUAUUUCAUUGUACAAACUGUUCAGGCUGAAAUGCUUAGCAUGCAAAAGAAUGAACCCCCAAAUAUUUGCAUCUAUUUUGUCAACUAGUUCUGUAUAGAGAAAUUUCUACCAGAAAAACUAGUCCAAAAAUCAUUCUCCAUCAGAAGCUUGAGAAUAACAGGAUCAGUCAAGAAAUCUUUCAACUUAUUUUAUUACUUAAUUUAGAAACAAUUUAUUUGUGUUGAUGUAAAUUAUACGUCUGAUCACAAUAGCAUUUUUUCUGGCUUUUGAAAACCAGUGAUGAAAGUGAGCAAACCGUGUCAGUUAUUUUUGGCCUAUCUUUAAUUUCACCUCUAUAUGUGUUGGGACUGUAAGAACAAUAGGUAUAGCGUUUGGAGAACACUGAAUCCUGAUUUGUCCAAGCAGUACAUGAAAAGUGAUUAUUAUGUUGAUUGUAAGUCAGGAUGUCAUUUUGGUAUCUGUCCUUUCCAGAAUAGCUCAGAUUUUCUAUGGGAAAAGCUGGAUCCUAUUGGGUCAGCCACAGAUAGGAAGAAAGAAAAGUAAAUGAAUAAUCAAGGAGAUCAUGUCCAGUCCUGGAUUCAAAAUAUGUUUCGUGAGAAGUCAUUCCCUAGCUUUGAGAGCAGGUGCACUCUUAUGUUCUACAUUGGCAAGAACACUGGAAAAGCAGGACCUCAGAAGAACAAUCAACUUCCAUGUUCAGCUACUCUUAAAAUGUUCUUGCAUUCGGCAUUUUUUUAUUCCUAAAGUUUGUGAACUCAGAUUUUGUUUAUUUUUUAAUCAGAAGAGCAUCAGAAAAACAACAAGAGAAGUUAAGACUAGGCAGUGUACUUUGUCAUCCUGUCAUAAAAAGCAAUUUGCUAGUAUUGUUAUUUAAGCACAUUGUAUAUGAUGUCUUUUUACCUGGAAGCCAAAUUUAAUUUCCAAUGUGGUAUGCUGAACUCCCUUUUCCAGAUUCAGAACUCACACAAUCUGCAGUUUAUUUCCAAAUGUACAUAUUUGGGUUUCUUUUUUUCCUGUGACAAGCCAUAAUUUCUGGGCUAAUGUACAGAUUCUGGUUUUCUUUGGUUCCUAUACUGCAGCCUGACACUAGAGGGGGAAAGAACCAAACCAGUAGGAAUAACUGUAGUAUAGAAAUAAGCACACUUUGAUGAUGUUAGUAACUCAAUUUGAAAAAACAUAGAAAAUUAAUAUCCCAAAAGUAAGUCUGAAUGGUCAUUUUUUCUUAAGGCAUAAUUUACACUUCCAGAUUUGUCAGCUGGCAUGCUUGGUUGAUCUGAACUGAAAGAACAUAAAGGGGACAUAAAACUGAUUAUAUGCUGUAUUUGUUAAUUUAUAUCUUACAGUUUCAUACCCUUAAUUGUGAAAUGUACUUCAACUGAGAAAAUAUGUCCCAGUCCAGCUGUACACAAUUCCAUGAUUUUCAUCCAUUCCAGAAAACCAGUAGGCCAGCAUUCUCUCAGCCUGGUAGUCAUAGGUCUACCAAAAACACAAAGAACACCUGGAUCUCCAUCCAGAGACAGCCCUGCUAGUGCAAUACCCCAGGAUUGUCUACCCAUAUCAUUGCACUGGGAAUGGAAUAACAACCUGUACCUUUUAGUUAUGGAAGUCAGAUACAAGAGUGAUGUUCUUGUUAGAUACUAAGUAAAUGUCAUCCUUAGCACAGAACAAGAGGCCUUCCAUCAGCCUCAGCUGAUUCAGAUUAGUUUGCUUCAUAAUGUUGUUGCAGUGCUCAGUAAUAUCAGUGCUACUAUAACUUCCAUCUCCCAAAUGUUCAGCUUUUUCAGCUGAAAAGAAACACCAGACCACCAAGGCUGAGUCCUUGCACAUUGCACUUCCCUAUUGAAAUCCUUUUGUUCCCCUACUCACGCUGACAGAGCAGUGCCAGACAAAAUCCAGGAUGGUAUCCUGGCAAUUACCCACAAUUGUUUUCACUUUUCAGAGUGGUAAGUGGCCUUCCACUGCCGGUCAGUCAUCCUCCUCUGGAUGAUGGCUGGCCCCAGGUUAUGAGCACAGUACAAAUGGCAAGUCCAGGGACUUUCCCAGGUACAGAUAUGAAGGAAAUCAUUUUUUCAGACAUUUUCCGUGAGCACUACCUCUUGCUUGAAGAUAGGUGUAAAACCAUACGAAUGCUAAGCAAAGUAGGGAUAUCUAUAUCCAGAACAUUUUAACCAUAAGGGAAUAUAAUUACAAAAUUGCAGCCCUAGCCACCUGGCCAUCUUUGUGUGUGUGUGUGUGUGUGUGUAUAUGUGUGGGGUUUUUUUUCUUUCAGAAGCAGUGUGACACAGAUGACACUUGCCAUAAAGCUCUUCCUACAGAAAAAAUGCAAGCCUAGCUCGUUUCCAGUGCACGAUAAUAAUUAAGGCUCGCAUGAGUGAAACUCUGAUACUUUUUUAGGUAAUGAUUAACCUUAAGACCUUCUUCCCCCUUAAGUAUUUGGAUUAAAAGGGCAAUACAGAGACUGAAGGCAGUAGGCAUGAGUGGUUUAUUCUCUAAAGACUAAAGGGUGGAGUCGUCCUACAGGGUUCAAGAGCAGUAGGCCAGGCAGUGAGGGGAUUGAUCUUAUCAGGACUAGAAAAUAAACAGUUUCUGUUUAUGACCAAAUUGAAUUCAGGAUGUUUAUAAGCUUCAUCAUGCUGGUUUUACUGGUUCCAGCAAUGUUUGUAUGGUACAGACAGCAGCUAUUGACUUUUCCAUUUAUUCAGCUCCAUACUCUUCAUUCCUCUGGGGAAUUUGCUGUAAUUAGAGAGUUUAGAGCAUUUUAUUUUACAGAAGUCUAGUGUUUAGAGUAAGGCUCUUAUUUGUCAAGACUUUAAGAGUCUGUCUGUGGCUCUAUAUUAAUAUGACCUGGAGUAAGUCAUAUAACCACAGUUUUGAUUCAGCUUCCCAGACUGAAAACCAAUACCAACCUCAGAGAGCUUUAUUCAUUUGAUUGAGAUCUUUGGAUAAAAGCUACUAGAAGAAAAACACUAUGAUUCACUAUGGUUCUUAUUAAGCUAUAAAUGUUCACUCUUUAUUUUGGAUAGAGAACAGAUGUGGAGGGAUGAAAUUUCUCUGUUAGACUCAUUUUGUAUGCCCUGAUACCCUGAUGUUUUAUUGAAAAACUCUCCGCUGGGAACAUGGGUAUGUGAUUCCUGGGUGUUUUAGGUAGGUCACAUCUUGGAACAGUAAUUUAUGAAGUACUGAGCAGAGACUGACAAGGGCAGAUCAGCAGCAUGCCCCUCCUCCCCAUGCACAGCUGACAGAUCAGCUGGACCCCACUGCUGGUACUGGGGUACCUCUUUUACCUCCUUCUGUGUGCUAUGGUGUUCCAGCUGCUGGCAGAAACACAUUUUCAGGACCAGUUCCAGCUGAAAAAGCUCAAGUUCCUGCAGAAUCACACGUGCUUGGACAGACAAGCCCUGGAGCAGUUUGUACAGGUCCUCAUGGAAGCAUGGGAAAAAGGGGUCAACCAAGAAGGAAACACUACAAAUCCCAGUAAUUGGGACUUUAGCAACUUCUUUUUUGCAGGAACUGUUGUCACCACUAUACUGUUUUCUUCUUUAUUUCCAGGUUAUGGUCACCUGUCUGCCAGCACAGUGACAGGGCAGACCUGUGUGUUUUAUGCCUUAUUUGGAGAGCCCCUCAACCUGGUCUUCCUUAAUCAGCUGGAGAAAUCUCUCAGUGCUCAUCUGCUUACCCUGGAAAGAGGGGUGCGAAAGUGAGGGUGUGCCCAGGUGGUUCAAACACUGGCAGUUGCCAUCUUCCUGACCACUGGGACCUUGCUUUUCCUGGUGUUCCCACCAUUAGUUUUCAGUUAUGUAGAAGGCUGGAGCUACUGAGAAGGCUUUUACUUCACCUUCAUCACCCUGAGUACCAUUGGAUUUGGGAACUAUGUAGCAGACACAAAUCCCAACAAGCACUAUAUCCCCAUGUAUAGGAGCCUAACUGCAAUAUGGAGUGUUUUCAGCUUGGCCUGGCUGGCUCUGGUCAGUGUGGGAGCUGACUUGAUGAAAAGAUACCUUCAGCUAAAGUGGCACAAGUCUGACUUAAGCUUGGCAGAAGAAGACGCUACCAAAUUGGAAGAUGAACCUGAGCAGCCUAGAAUCCAUAUCCCUAGCUGAUCAAGGUAUAAAGAAAACAAUCCUGAAACUGCAUCUUCCAUCUGCAUCUCACACUAAGUGAGCCCUCUGGAUAAAGGACUAAACCACAGGUUGUGGACUGUGUGGGGAGCUAGGGCCCAGUGGUCAGAAGAUUUCAGGAUGUAAUGGAAAGAUAGAGUCACCCCCCUCCUCUAUAGUUUAUGGUAAUGACCCCCAUAAUUAGCCAAUAGCACCUUGCUGUGAUGAAAGCAGACGGGAGUGACACUGUAAACCUAGAUUAUAAAGUGUCAAAUUCUUCACCAAUAAACACCAGUUUGCCAUCCAUCA